AAUAGUGACUCAGUUCAAAAGAAAAUAGAAUACAGACGUGUCGAUGCGAGCGCAACGUUGCGUUUACGCCGCGAAAGUUACGUGUUCGAUUUUUAAAUUCAAAUUAACUUUUUUUUUAUAAUUUCCUGACUAAGGUAUUUCUUUAAACAGCUUAUUGUUGUGAUUGUUUGAAUAAAAACUAUUUAAAGGAAAGAUGACGUGUCUUCGAUAACGGUGCUUCGCUACUGUCACGAAUAUUAUCUGGAAAAUUAUCGCAAGAAUUAAAUCAGUUGGUAAUUAAGAACAAUUUCAGUUGAUAAGUUAAGAUUAUUUGUUUUUUUUUGGACUGCGGAAAAACUACGCGUGACUUACAAAUUUGGAUUUUUUAAAUAGUGGGUCCAAGAAUGGCGAGAAUAACAUUAGCUCUGCUUAUUUGCCAAAUCAUAAGUCUCCCGAUCCUGACCCAUGGAGAUGAAGAUAGCCCUUUAUUGGAUCUGGCAUCAUCGUUCCUACAGAAUAUGGGUGAAGGUGGGAAUGACAAGAUGGAAGGUCUAGCUGCUAUAGGGAACAUGGUUGGCACUCUCAUGCAAGGGGAUAAUGCUAAGAAGCUAGGAUCAAUGCUGGGACAAGAUGGUGGUAACGCUGGUGAUGUUUUAUCAGGUCUGGGAAGUCUAUUAGGCGGUCAAGAUGGGAAAAUCAAUCCAUCACUUGUUGGAUCAAUGGUAUCAAUGUUCGCAAAUCAGAUGGCUUCAAACGGCGAUAAACCCCAGCGUGAGAAACGACAAACCAAAGAAAACGGCAUGGAGAAUAUACUUAGCAUGGUAUCAGGUUUAGGAGGCUUAUUGGGUGGACAAGACGGCAAAAUCGAUCCUUCCCUCAUUGGAACAGUUGCGUCUAUGUUCGCACAACAGAUGACGUCAAACGGCCAACAAAACCAGCGUCAGAAACGAGAAUCCAACACUAAAACUGAAUCCAACGACGUCAACAUGGACAGUCUACUCACCAUGGCGUCAGGACUCUUAGGAAACAAGAACGUAGCAGGAAUGAUGCCAAUGAUCAUGAACACUAUAAGCUCGUUCUCCGAUGAGGAAACUAACAAAAUGGCCGACGAACAUAAAGACCACGCGUCCUUCCUUCCACCGUUUUUGGAAAAGGCACAUUUGUACUGGGACGUGUUUAUCAAUUCUGAACUAGGAAGAACGAUAUGGGAAAAGUCUGGCUUUAAAAAGGCAACGAAAGCUUUCAUGGGACCUGAUGGAAAGCUCAGUUUCGAAUUGAUGUUCAAGAAUUUUGAGAACCACUCGUUUAGAAGACACUGGAUCAAGGCAGUUGCACAGUAUCUGACAGACAUGGUGGUACAUGUUGCUAAGCCAGAGGUAUAUCAGAGGUACCUAGUCUCGGCUCAGUACAUCAUAAACAGUUUCCUGGACUCGCAAGAUCUGCCCAAGACCGCUCAUUUCAAUAUCAACAACCCAGAGAAGUCCAUCACUUCGCUGACCAACUACGCGCUGAAAAAGUAUCUGGACAUGGACACGGAUGUCUCGGAUUAUGUCAAACCAGCCAUCGACUAUAUAAAGCAAAUCCUCAAAAUGGCGCAGUCAGCGUCGCAAAAGUUCGCCAACCGUGCCGAUUACCACGCCGUUGCGGACCGACUGACUGACACGCUCAACCUCGAGGUCAUUGAACCCGUACUGCGAGUGUACCGCGCUUACAAGCACUCGCUCAAAGCGCCGCACUGCCAAGAGCAUCUUAUGUGCGUCGUUAACAGGCAUCAUGACCAGGAUAAACAUGGUCUCCCAGGCUUCAAAGCUGGUUUAACCAAGCUAAGCAGCCUGAUCGCGUCGGCUGCACUCAGCUUCCAGAACGGCAAUGGUUUCUGGGAUUUGUACAACGCUAUCCAGAAUGACGUUAACUGUGAGACCAAAUAUCCCGCGGACUGUGCUGCCUUCCACGAGCAUGAAAUGAAAGUUACUACAGAAGUAUACCACAGCGAGUUAUAAAUACAGAUGUAAUGUUAAUAUUAAUGUUGUAUUAAAUUUAAUUUAUUAUAACACAAAUUGCAUUUCACUUAUAAUAUAAUAUGUUUAGGUAAUCUUGCAUUUAUUUAGACUUCUAAGAAUAAGAUAUUGACGUAAACAUUUUACAUCUACUUUAUACUUGUAAGAAAAAGCGGAAUUAAUAUGUGUAAGAUAUUGUUUUUUUUGUAGAAUUACGUAUUAAAUUGAACUUUUCUUUAGCUGUUGUAUUAAAUUUAGUUUAUAAUUUAAUAGGUUCGGGUAAAAAAUAACUUAUUAUUUUCUAAAUUGGCUCCGGACUCGUUUCGUUUAUAGGCUUCGGUCGUGGCUAAUUACCACCCAACUAGCAAAGACGUACCUCAAGUGCGAUGAAGAAGAAAAAAUAUCGAUAUCGGUAGGCACAGUAGUUAAUUAGUUUUAAGAAUAAAAUCGAAUUUUCCGAGCUUUCAGCGUUCGUCUUUUUAAUAAAUUCGUAGUGAUAAAUGAUAGCUUCAUAAAGUUUAAACGAUUAAUCAAAAUGGGCAUAUUUAAAUAUAAACUUACGCGCAAAUUCUUUUAGUUAAUGUUGACUCAAUAUAAAUAUGGAAAAUAAAUAAAAAAAUAUAUUUUUAAUAUAAAAUUUAGAUAUAUAGAUUCAUUAUAUAGGUACCACAAAGUAAAUGUUGUAUAAUUUAAAUACGUAUUUUUUAUAAAGUAGCAAUUUCUUAAUAAGUUAUUGACAUUAUCUAAUUAAAAUAAUAUAAUGUGAUCGUUUAAUUUUGAAUUUAUUAUUUUUAUAGAAAUGUAUGUUAAGCUUGACUGAUUGUCACUUAAAAGUAUAGGUAUUUUGCUGGACAUGGUGCUAAAAAAAUUUUUGCAAUUAUCGCAAAGAAAAAUAUUACGUCUUCCUCUUAUAUAAAAAAGUAUAUUUAAAAAAUAAUAAAGACAAAUAAGUAGAUGUUGUAAAAUUUCGUAGAUAUAAAUAAUUGAUUAACUUAUAGAUAAUAAUUUAAUUCCUAUUAUCGUAAAAAAUAUGUAAAUAUGUAUUCAAUAAUUAAAUACUACAUACGCAAUUUUGUUGGAAGACUGUAUUGUUUAAAUAAAUAAAAUAUUUUCUCUUAUGAAA